AUGGCAGACGACUACGAAGACCUCAUUGAGCUUGGGUUUGAGGGGAUGGACAAGUUGGCGGGCAGGUACUACGAUAGCAUGUACGGGUGGGUUGCGAAACGACGGCAUCCGUCCCAUGGGGAGGGCAGGGCGCAAGGAAAAGGUGGGCAGCGAGGGCAGGCCGAGAAAUGGAAUGAAGCUGGGGGCAGAAGAAAUGAGACAAAGAGCGGUGCUGAAGAGGAGGACCAGCUCCAGGGGGAGGAAGAAGGGAUUCGUUACGACGACUUCAACGAUUACCGUGGGGGGCGCUACAUGGCUCCAUAUUGGGAGGGGCAUGAUGUUGCGCGGCGGCGGAUAUCCCAGACAUCCCAGCCUUCCUAUGGCUACGCGGAAAGGCCAUUCAGGGAUGGUGAUCGAAGGCGGUACGCGGGGGACAUGAGGGCAGACGAUGGAGGCGGCCGGCAACUGCGGCGACGUGCGUCAUCCUAUUCGCCGCAUCGUGAGCAUCAGUACUUGUCUGCAGAGCGCAGGCGGAGACACUCGAAGCCGGCAGACGAUGACCGGGUGACUGCGACACUCAUGGGGGCUUUGGCAGGAGGUCUUAUCGGCGGUGCAGCCCGGAGUGAGCUCCCGCGUCGUGCCAGCCAACCCGCCUCCACCCCAUCUCUCGUCUCGCCGUUUCCUCCCCCACUCCACAUCAGACGAAACGCCAUGCGACGGUCGACCCAGGCCCUGGCCGCGCGUCUGAAUGGCGCUGGGCAAGACCCCUUCGCGACCAUCCGCGCCUACGAAGCCGACGCGAAUCCCACCAAGCCAACCCGCCCGUCACCCUUGACCGUGACCACACAGGGUCUACCGCUAGACCUCCUCAACCGCCUGCGCUCCUUUCCGCUGUUCUUAUCCGCCCCCGACGAGUUCCUCCAGGCCAUCGGCAUGCACCUGAAGCCCCAGGUCCAUCAGCCCCACGACUACAUCCUCACCGAGGGCGAGCCCGCCAAAGCCAUGUACUGGCUGGUCCGCGGCGCUGUGCGCGUCACCUCUCGCGAUGGCGAAAGCACCUAUGCAGAGCUCAAACCGGGCGCCUUCUUCGGCGAGAUUGGCAUCCUCAUGGACAUUCCCCGCACUGCCACCAUCAUAGCAAACAUGCGUUCGCUGGUUGUGCGACUCAACAAGGAGGACCUCAAGAAGGAGCUCCCCCGCUUCCCCCAUGUCGAGCGUGCCAUACUCGACGAGGCCAAAGAGCGUCUCGCUAUCCUGGAGCGCAAGAAGAAGGAGAUUGCCGGCACGGCGACGAAGCACCCCGUCAGAGCCCUGGUGUCACGCAGCGGAAAGCGCACCCGAGACCGAGUCGACGGCGACGUAGACAUGGCCGAGACCGGAGUCGUGAGAGACGGAGAAGUCGUCAGCGCCUACAAGAAGAGGAAGUCUCCGAGUCCUGGCCUGGCCGAGGCCGCCGCCCUGAGCGCAUUUGGCAGCUCGGGCGUCAACGUCAGACUCCUGCUCAAGGAGCUCCCCCUCUUCUCCAGUUUGCCCCCAGAUAUUCUCCACUGGAUCGGUUUGGAGGCUGUCCCUCGUUCCUUUCCUCCCUUCACCGACAUUAUUCAGCAGGGCACGCAGGGCCGCGACGUUUACUUCAUCGUCAGGGGCGAAGUCGAAGUGGUCAGCACAACACCUCCACAAGAGAAUGGGCACACCCCCGUGAAUGUGGGCCGCAGAAACUCGAUUGCUUCGGGGGAGCAGAACUUUCCCCAGCAGGUCAAGGCCCGGUUACGCGCAGGCCAAUACUUCGGCGAGGUCGUAAGCCUGUCGCUGGCCCCUCGUCGGACGGCCACCGUUCGAUCCAUCUCCUCCGUCGAGUGUCUCAUGAUCAGCGGAGACGUCCUGGACAAGCUAUGGCAGCGAUGUUCUCCGGACCUGCGCGAGCAAGUCGAGAAGGUGGCGAAGGAGCGACUCCAGGCGGCCAGGGACACAGACAUCACCAUGAUGGACGUCUCACACGAUCCCCCCAAGAUCGACGAGUUGGCUAUUGCCGACAUCAACGUGCCGCGCACUCCGAGGAAGAACAGCGUACCCGUAGUCACAUUCAGCGAGACUCCGACCAUGAUCGACAGCCCGACGAACCCGUCGCGAGAUACAUCCGUCAUCGAACCUUACGACCCGGACCCCUUCCUCAACCCUGACCUGGACAAUGUGCGGUCGAGAUCACGGAGAGGCUCACUGGCGCCUCCCACCCCUGAUUUGCCCACAAGUUCCUCCGACUCUCAUCCCAAAUCGCCAUCUCCGAACGGAACUCCACUCUCGCCUUCACCCAUACCCAAGCACACGUCCACUCCGCCAGAGCCGUUUGGCAGUUUCAAGAGACCAAGGAUAAUACGAAGGCCCAGCCGGCACGGGAAGGGCAAGCUGCCAGACAAGAUCCUAGUCAAGAUCUUCAGAUACCUAGACGUCUACGAGCUGAUGCUGUUACGACGAAUCUCCAUGCACUGGCUGAAGCUGAUAACAACCUCCCCCGACAUCCUACACACCUUGGAUCUUACCAGGUACAACCGUCGAGUGACGGAUCGCGUCCUUGUAGGCACCAUCUGCCCCUUCGUCGGCAGCCGCCCUACCUACGUCGACAUCAGCAACUGCUUCCACGUCACCGACGAAGGCUUCUCCGCGCUGGCAGCGACGUGCGGUCCGGGAGCCAAAAUCUGGCGCAUGAAGAGCGUGUGGGAUAUCACCGGUCCCGCCGUCGUAGAAAUGGUGCAAAAGGCCAAGGGACUUGAAGAAAUCGACCUCAGCAACUGCAGAAAAGUCGGCGACAACCUCCUCGCUCGCGUGGUCGGCUGGGUCGUCACCGAACCCUCACCAGCAAUGCUCGCCCAGCAAGCUCACCAGCAAGCCAUGCAAGCCCAGAUGAACGGCCGCCACCGCUCCUCCUUUGGCCAGGGCCAGGCUCAAAAACCUCACUUCCAGCAACAACCCCAACCACACCCCCAACACCCACCACCAGGCACCGUCUUUGGCUGCCCAAAACUCAAACGCCUCACCCUGAGCUACUGCAAGCACAUCACGGACCGCAGUAUGGCGCACAUUGCGCACCACGCGUCGCAGCGCAUCGAGCAGAUGGACCUGACGCGGUGCACCACCAUCACGGACCUAGGCUUCCAGCACUGGAGCGCGUAUCAGUUCCCGCGAUUGACGAAGCUGUGCCUCGCCGAUUGCACGUAUCUGACCGAUCAGGCGAUUGCGAGUUUGACGCACGCCGCGCGGAAUUUGCGCGAGUUGGAUUUGUCCUUCUGCUGCGCCCUCUCCGACACGGCAACCGAGGUCAUCGCCCUCGGCCUCCCGCUCCUCACCUCGCUCAACCUCGCCUUCUGCGGCUCCGCCGUCUCCGACACGUCCCUGCGCAGCAUCUCGCUCCACCUACUCGACCUCAAGCGUCUCUCUGUCCGCGGCUGCGUGCGAGUGACGGGCACCGGCGUCGAGGCUGUGGUCGAGGGCUGCAGGGAGUUGGAGGUUUUUGAUGUGAGUCAGUGUAAAAAUCUGCAGGGGUGGUUGGAUCGGGGAGGUGUAAGCGGGGUGAGGGCUAGGGGGAGGAAGGUCAGGUUCGAGAUAGUGGCGGAUGGGACGUGGAGGGUGGGGAAGAGGGGGUGCUGGGAGUGA